AGUUGACUCGCGUACAGCUUGAUCUCUUGGCGUGCACACAGCUCGAAUAAUAAAACUCGAAAUAAAAUCCAUGCUAAUCGCGUGGGCAUUGAGUUGGAAAUUCCUACUCAUUCUUCAGCUCCAUUGUGGAUAAUCUUUUUGUGUUAUUCUUUCGAUGUCAUUUUUCGUGGGUGUAUGGGUGAUUUUCCUUCCUUUCGGAUACUGUAUUGCGCAUUGAACACUGUAUUCCUGUAGCAUCUUCAAUCGGAAGUGGUGAGAAAAAAAGUGAAGUGUAAUUCCAAUAGUGCAUCAUUUCAAUUCUGCUGCCUUCUUCUCCGUCGCUUUGAGUUUUCUGACCACUUCUGUGCUUCGGGAUUCGCUGUGUGAAGUGCAGUGGUCGAAAAGUGUGGCGAAAAGGAGGUGAACCCAAGGGAAUUCCAAGGGACACUCGGAGACAAGUCGUUCCAGAGUGAAAGGGCGACCAUGAGACUCGUCUACGAAGCGACGCAUGAGAGCUUUGCCCUGCCAAUCGGCGAACUGAGCCAGUUCGUGUCGCUGCCGUCGCUGCCGCGCUGGGGCCACCAAACAGCCCAGUUGCACUUGCGCCGCGCGGACUAUUCGGGGCUCGUGGAUCAGCCGCGCCACAAGUUGAGCCCCUUCCCUCACGCCCAACACAUCAAUAACCGCCUUAUUCUGUGGGAUGGUGAUAUUUCGCUGCUGAAGGUUGAUGCCAUCACAAACACGACAGACGAGACGCUGACGGAGCGCAACGCCAUUUCCGAUCGCAUCCUGGGCAGAGCUGGACCUGAGCUGCGAGAGGCCGUGCAGAGGGACGUGAAGUCGUGCCGAACGGGAGAAGUGCGCCUCACGAAAGGGUACAACUUGCCGGCAAAGUACAUCAUUCACACUGUGGGACCCAUUUACAGUGACAAGUACAAAACUGCAGCUGAGAACACACUCCAUUUGUGCUACAGGAACGUCCUGCACAAGGCGCACGAGUACGGCCUGAAGACAGUCGCGCUGUGCGUCAUCUACUCGGCCCAGAGAAACUUCCCACCCGACUUGGGGGCGCACAUCGCUCUGCGGACGACGAGGCGCUUCCUGGAGCAGUACAAGGGCGAGACUGUGGUGCUGUGCCUGGAAUCGCACGACCGCGGGAUCUAUGAAGUGCUGGCGCCUCUGUACUUUCCGCGCAACGACGUAGAGGAGAGCAGCGCUCUGUGGCAGCUUCCGCGCGACAUCGGCGGCAUUCUGGGCGAGCCCCAGUAUCCGGACAGGCAGAUUCGCAUCAUCCACAAUCCACAGCACGCCGUCAUGAUUGGAGCCGAUGAUGACUCCGACACGAGCCCUCACGAUCUCGAGGGAGGCGACGUCGAUCUGGAGUACGGGCCGAUGGGAGGAUCGGGCUACGGCUUCGGGUCGCACUUCAACAUCGGUCAACACUCCUUCUCGCAGAUGCAGGGAGAUCUUGACCGGCAGCGACUCCUCGGUGAUCGUCCGCGUGCGGGCGUGUACGAGAGUGUGAUUGAUGAUGGUCUAGAGGGCAUCGAGCACCAAGAGAGGUACGAGAAGCUCCUGCGCCGGGCGCGCACGGAGGAUCUGUCCGAGGUCUCGGGCAUCGGCUGCCUCUACCAGAGCGGCGUGGAUCGCCUCGGGCGUCCGGUGGUUGUCUUCUGUGGCAAAUGGUUUCCCGCGCAGAAUGUGGACCUCGAGAAGGCGAUGCUGUACUUGAUCUACCUCCUCGAUCCCAUCGUCAAGGGCGACUACGUGAUCGCGUACUUCCACACUCUCACCAGCUCCAACAACUAUCCGUCUCUCCACUGGCUGCGAGAUGUCUACAGCAUAUUGCCAUACAAAUACAAGAAGAACCUGAAGGCCUUCUACAUCGUUCACCCCACAUUCUGGACUAAGAUGAUGACUUGGUGGUUCACGACGUUCAUGGCGCCCGCCAUCAAGGCCAAGGUUCACUCCCUGCCAGGCGUGGAGCAUCUCUAUGCCGCCAUCACCAGAGAUCAGCUCGAGAUUCCCGCUUACAUCACCGAAUACGAUAUGACGAUCAACGGUCUUCACUACUUCCAGCCCGAGACGCAGACUUCGCCAGCCUCCUAAUUGUCCGCGAACGUCGCCUACGUCUAAGUUCUCCAAGGAGUUGAUUGCAAGAAGAGUGCUGCUGCUCUAGAAGAUAUGAUAUAAAUAUUUAGCCUAAGUCGACAAGAGCGAUUGUAGAGAAUGUGGCCAGGCUAAUUAGCUCUGAAGUAAUAAAGUAUGUAGAUGUAAACAUUGCGCAAAUUCUCUGUGGUAAAAGAACAGGUGAAAGAAUCAAAUGUAGGUAGACAGAUGAAAUAAAAUAGCGAUGAUGCGCGAGACGGGAUAUUUACAAUUAUUAUUCUUAUGAAAGUCAUAAAAAGAAACAAUUAUAGCGAUAAUAUUGCAUGCAUAUUUUCUGCUAGAUCAAUUUUCAACACAUCUCUCAUUGUAAAGAAAUAUUGUUGCAUGUCUUAUUUCCGAUCUUGUAGACUUAAGAUUAUAGAGGUGAUUUUAUUGAACAAAAAUGUUUCUCCCAAAAAAGAUUUUUGAAUAUUUAGGUGAACAAAAAAGAAAUGGAAAUUUGUAGUGUAUGAUAUUUCAUUUGUUACGUCCCUAAAGUGCCUAAUAGGAUUAUUUUGCUUGUAUAAGAAAAAUUCGUAUAAUUAGAACGUUCUGCAAUCACUAUGUUGAUUUAUUGAAAAUUGAUUUAGGGAAGAAAAACCAUUAGAUAAACAGUGAAAUGAAAUUUAUUCCCAUAUGCUUAGUAAUUAGUCCCUAAAAGUUGACAUUAUACCGUAGUUGGAGAAUACAUUUAGUGCUAAAGGAAAAAUUUUGAGGAGAAUUCUAUCGUUGUUGAUAUAAAUAACAAAGAGAAUACAAGUUACUAAAAGACUAUGCGGAGUGAAGGUCAAUAAAGUUAGAACUUCACGAAAGAAAAACAUUUGAGGAGGAGAAAUUUGUUAAAUAACUAUAUAUAUAUAUUGUAACUAUAUAACUCCUUAGCUAAGGUCAUUUCGCAUUUCUCGUGCCAAGUUAACCGUCAUUUUGAAAAUUUGCAUUAUACUGAGCUUUCCCCCAAUGAACUCAUCCUCUUUUAUCCACACUUUAGCACCACCGCAAAUAAAAAGAAACUCACACACAAACACACAGAAUAAUCCUCAAAAGAUUUAACGAGAAAACCACCUGAGAUCAACGUAUUUUCUAUACAUGUACAUUUUAAACGGGAAAGGAUAACAUUUUAAAGGACGUCACUGAAACAAAUCCGCGAUGUACAAAAGGAGAAACAAGAUGUGAAGCAUAUUUUUUUAGAGGGUCAUUAAAGCAAAGGUAUAAAAUCCAGGAAUGAUUGCAAAACAAAAAAACUUGAUAGGAAUGCUUAACAAAUAUUUGUAAAUAACAGGGUAUAGAAAUUAUUUUCAGUCGAAUUUUUCUCGAAUAUUGCGCGGCUUCAUCACUUUUUAUUUUAGAAAUUUCAUAAACAAUAUAUGAAAGCAAUUCCAGUUGAAUUAGUAUUCGAAUAGUGAAGGAGAAAAGCUACAAUAUGGUUGAAUAUUGAAUUAGGAGGAAGAUUAAUACUGAGAAGAGAGAUAUUUUAACAUAUAUAGCAUACGUUUAGAGGUGAAGUUAUAAUAAAGAAUUUGGCAAUCGUUUGGCGAGUGUGAUUUAAUAUUAAAGAUGGUAAACUAUAGCGUUAUCACUAACUCUUGUAAAUAGCGUCUUUACCUGGUUAAUUCCAUUCUACUUGUAAGAAUAUUAUGAGGGAGAAGAGUUGCAUUUUCACGUUAUUGGCUAAUUGUAGAAUCUCAGAGUUUUGUUAAUAAAAUAUUGAACUCUCUAGACAUUCUGGGCCUUUCUCAUUUUCUUAUCAAAAUCGCCGAGAGUUUCUGCAAUUGCCAAUAUCGGUGUGCGAAUUCUGUGAAGAUAAACUUCAUGUAGUUUAGUCGAGAGUGUCAGAGGAGGUGAAAAAAAAAUAUAAUAGAGAGAAGAAUUAUAUAACAGAGUUGCGGAUUAAUAGACAGAGAGAAAUAAAUUUGUUCAGUUAUCAAAGAUUGCAAAA